GAUUUAUUAUUUAGCUCACAGAAUCUCAAAUAUAAACUUUAUUUUAAAGCAAGAGAGAGUAUAUUUAUCAGAAAUUGCAUGUUAAUAAGACAUUCUAUCGUUUGUGAAGGAAGUGGCAUAAAAAUAGGAUUGCCAACAAUUUCAGUGACGUCACGCAAUGGAGCUACGGACUUCUAAAAUUACAGACAGAAGAAAUUUUAAUUUUGCCGUAUACGCUUCAUUUUCUUCUAUUUAACACACGAAAGUGACGAUAUCCGUGUACGACGCGUGUGAAUAUAAUUGAAAUAUCAAAACCGAAACGCCAGAAGUGAAUCAUUGUGAUAUUGAAGUUACUUGGUUACCAGUAUUUUAAUAUUUUGUAUAGUUAAAAUAAAAAAAAUGCAAAGAAAGCGGCCGCCGUCCAGAAUUAAAAAAGUUACAUAUAUGUAGAUAAGUUGUAUAUAACCUAAGCGAGCUAUGUGAUACAGCGCAUAGGAUAAUUAUUAUUUAGUAAAAAAUAUAUCAAUCACAAUGCCUGUCGUGUCUCCCUCGAGGUAUACCUCCACCUCUUCGAGCCUAUCUGGCUCCUACCGCUCCACGUUGACCUCGUCGUCAAGCUUAGAGAAACCAUAUUACAGAAGCAGCAGCGGCACUUAUGUUACGUCAACACUUAGAAACUCAUAUGGAGACAGAACAACAGAGUACAGAUCAAGAUACUCGGACGUCGAUGGGAAAAGGGAGAGAAAAACGUCGCUAGUGGAAUAUUCGAGAACAUCCCGCGCGCCGAGUAUCACCGAUUCCGACAGUGGAAUCUCGACUCGAUAUCGAUCUGAAAGAAGCGAAAGCAGAUCCAGAGAUAUAUCGACCACGAGAAGCGAGAGUAGCAAGACGUCUACUGAACCGAGAAACAAGAGAAAUGUGAUAAGCACAGCCGCUCUGGCCAUGUCCACGGCUGAGUUAUACAAUAAGUAUUCCCCAGCAAAUUACGUGCCGUUAACGCAACGAAUCAAGGAACAGCAGCAAAACAACAGCGGGGAGAUAGCUAGGUCUAAAUCAAUAUCUAAUGACAUCGGCAGACCACCAGCGGCCGACCCGUCCAGGUCCAGGAGGGCGCGCAAUUCGGCUGCGACUAUUACCGAGAAACCGGAAGGCAGAAGAUCAAUUAAGGAAAGCUCGCCAUCUUCCAGUUACAGUAAAAGGAACUCUAUGACUAAUGGAGUCAAAGACAGCAACGGCAACGAUGUGCCUUCUGUAUCCGAUAUUAGAAAGAUAUACGAUAGUAAAAUGACUGUAACGAAAUUGCCAGCAAAUGACACUAGGUAUACAAACAAAGCAUCGGUUGAACAAUAUUUGAAUAAGUUGAAAGAUUGCGAGAACGGAUCGGCCGGUUACACGAAAUUACCGAAAGAUGAAAAGCCGGUACCUGUACAUUUGCCUUACGUUGAUAAAAAUGGAGUAAACAGAUGGGAAGUGGGGUCUUCUAGCUCUAGGUCGAAUUCCAACUCAGAUCUGUCUAUGAGCAAGACUAUAUCCGAACCUGUGUCAUUAGCUAAGCCAUUAGUUGAAAAAAAUAAUUCUAUGUCAACAUCAUUAACGACAAAACUACCUCCAGAUCGUUUAGCCAGUAUUAAAAGCCAACUGGAUCCAAAUAAUCCGAUAGGGAAAAUUUUGGAAAAGUCCACCGUAAUACAAGUUGAAAAUGGCGAUGUAGAUCACACUGAAAGAAAGAAAAAAAAUGGUACAGAUUUAAAUACUCCAAAAACUAAAGAAUCUCUGAAAAAUGAUAUCGAGAAACAGGUAAAGACGCCAAAACACACAUCUAACUUUGCUUCUUACAUACAGAUUUCUCAACCAAUAGCAACUGGUACUUCGACGCCGAAAACUUCGAAGCAGAUUGAAAUUAACAAUAUUAUUAAUGAAGAACUGUCGAAGAAUGACGUGCAACCUGCAGAGCUUAGGAAAUCUAAAGUUAAACUUAAAUAUAUCGAUUCAGAGCAAGAUGAUCAAUUAGUGCUCGAUAAUGACAUUGAAUCUCCUAGCGGGACUGGAUUCGAAAACAAAACAUUCGAACAUGAAAAUUUCCUUAAGAAACGUACUGAGAAAGAAAACGGAGAAGAUAAGACACAAAUUGAAGACGGAGUGAAGUCUAUGGAGACAAGUACUGAAAGUACUUUUAGUGAGCCGACAGAAGAUUCAAGUCCCGACACUCCAUCUUCUAGAAGACGAGUCUUGGACAACAAAGAUUACGACGACAUAAAAGCGGAAUUGGCGGGCGGCAAGAGCGGGCCCAGCGGACUACGGCGCAGCACUGAGCGCUCAGAGUCGAUAGAGAAACAGCCCAGUCAGACUAGCGGUCUGAACGGUCUUCGCAACAUCGGCAACACGUGCUUCAUGAACAGCGUGGUGCAGUGCCUGUCGAACACGCGGCCGCUGCUCGAGUACCUCGCCGACGACCAGUACUCGGCCGACAUCAACACCACGCUCUCUUGCAUGAAGGGCGCGCUCAUCAAAGCGUUCGCGAGCGUGAUCAAAGAGCUGUGGCGCAGCGGCGAGCGCGACUGCGUCGUCAACACCACCACGCUCAAGUCGCAGGUGCAGCGGUUCGCGCCCCGGUUCAUGGGCUACAGCCAGCAGGACGCCCAGGAGUUCCUGCGGUACCUGCUGGAGGGCCUGCACGAGGACGUCAACAGGGUGACAGUGAAACCGAAGCCGAUACUCACGGAGAUCGAUGACAAUCUCAGCGACUCGGCGGCGGCGGCGGAGGCGUGGAGCCGCUACCUGCGCAUGGAGGAGUCGCGCGUGGGCGACAUCUUCGUGGGCCAGCUCAAGUCCACGCUGCGCUGCACGCACUGCCACCACGACAGCGUCACCUUCGACCCCUUCUGGGACCUCAGUCUGCCGAUACCGUCGCGCACCGGGAACCUGAAGCUACAACAGUGCCUCCAACAUUUCACUAAGGAAGAAGAAUUAGACGGCGAUGAAAAACCGACGUGUUCAAAGUGCGGCGUGCGACGGAAGUGCCUCAAGUGGUUCACUGUGCAGAAGUUCCCGCAGGUGCUGGUGCUGCAUCUCAAGAGGUUCUCCCCGCAGGAGCGGUUCCGCGGCAAGCUGAACGUGCUGGUGGAGUUCCCGCUGAGCGGCCUGGACAUGUCGCCGUACGCGGCCGCGCCCGGCACGCGCUCGUUCUACAACCUGUACGCGGUCAGCAACCACUCCGGUACAACAUAUUCGGGCCACUACACAGCGUACUGCAAGCAUCCGUAUACGGGCGAGUGGCACGAGUACAAUGACUCCAGAGUGACGCCAAUAAGUCAGCGCAACGUGGUCUCGUCGGAAGCGUACGUACUGUUCUACGAGCUCGCGCGGCCGACCUCGUAGCGCGGCCGUAGCACACAGCCGCCCGCCGCGCUAGUGUGGUGUGCGAGCGAGCGCCGUUCUAUAAGGAAAGACGAAUGAAAAUUAGUUACAAAAUUGACAUACAGUGUUUUUUAGAAAUGAGCAACAAUGGCCCAUAGAGAAUGUAGCAGUGUGAGUAACUCGACCGGCUCCACACGUGUGCAAUAUAUGUUACAUGUAACCUUCUCUGACAUAAUAAUCAAAUGCUGUUGAAUUUAUUGAAUUUUUAAAAUGAAAUAUAGAUUGAUGCGUGAAACGGAACGUUUUCAAAUUGCAUAUAAUUGUACGCAAUCACAGUAUGUCAUUCCGUAAACGAUUUGUUAGUUUCACUAAUUAACAGUAUGUUGCGCAAUGACGCUGUGACAAACACAGUUCACAUACCAAGCGCAGCGAAUUGUAUUUGGCAUGUUCCGUUUCACGUUCCGUGCUGGCGAUUAUAUUGUAACAACUUGUUUGUACUUAUUGCAGUAGCGUUAGUGCUCUUUUAUUAAGAUAGAUUAUAUUGCAAUAAAAGAUACAGCUUUAAAAUAUUAUAAAACUUUGGCUAUUCAAUGUGCAUACACACAACAUCGGUAUAUUUUUUCUUCUAAAGUGCCAUACUAAUCGGGCAGUGUUGCUAGUUGCAUAAUGUGCAGCUGUACCUUAUGUUUGCAUAAAUCAUUCAAGUUUAAAUACUAAAUACACUUUAUUUUCGCAUCACAAAAUUAAUGUAGUUUUAAUUUGUGUAAAAAAAAAAAGUGAUUUCUAGUCUAUUCCUCAGAUAUUGUAAAAAUAGUUUAUGGUCAAAAAAUUAAAUUUGGAAGAAUUUAUCUAAAGUAAUGUUUGUGAGAUAUAGUUUGUGUCGUUUGGUACUGUGUACACACCAAGCCAACUACGCUAACAACAUAUACGUCCUGUUUAUGUCGAAAUAUUGUUCCCCUUAUAAAUAAAUACUCGCAACGUGUACAGAUCCAGCAGACAGGAGGCCCGCGUGCAGCGCGCGGCGCCGUGUGAUUAGUGUACAAAGUAUUAUUAGCGAAUCACAGUAAAUGUGUUCAGUCACCAUUAAAGUAAAUUGAAACUUAAAGUGUAGUGUGUAAAGAUAUAAAUACUAUAAGAGCACAUUAAAAAUACACACGUUACAUUGUGACGUCAGGCGAUGUCUCCGCUCCACGGAUAUCCAUUUUUUUUUUUUAAUUUCUGUACAAGCUUGUGAAUAAAAUUAUAUGGCAACACUAACCACCAAAUAUUUUUUUUUCUUUGCAUUUAGAUAGACGAUUUAAAAAAAUUACGCCGGCAGUGGAUCGGCUGGUGUAAACGAGCCGCGGCGAUGAGUGUCGCGAGCUCGUUUGCCACCUUUUCGUUAUAACUGCAUUAGUGUAACGUGGAACCGUGGACCGGAAUAUAGAAAUCUUAAGGGUUUACCUUCAUCACCGCUUGCUUCAGGAACUAACUUUGUUACCUUCAGCGCCUUGUAAUACGAUAAUUAAGUUACUCGCUAGAUAAUAAAUUGCAACUUGGCCAUAUUCCGUUUGGUAAUAAGGAAAUUUUGAUAACAAUGCAAAUAAACAAUAGGCAACAUUUUCAGAAUGGCAACUCCUAAAACGUGUGGGAGACAAACAUGGGACGGUCCACCGUACAAUCAUAAAAAAUGGCUAAUCAAAAAUGCUUAUUUACUCGAGUCAUAAAUAUUUUUAUUCUUGAAACGUUUUGCUGUUGAUUGUCAAUUAGCGUGAUUUUAUAUAUGCGAUAUUUUCAACAAAUACUAGUAAAUAUUAAUGAUUUAUUCGAAAAUUAUAAUUGUUGACUCGUAGUUAUUCUAGUUUGGUAGGAACCGCUCGACUCCUAGAGUAGUCAUAAUAAAAAAUAUACAUAAUGGUGCAUGUAAAGUUUGAAAUUUAACAAGUGGUUCAAUCAAAAUAAUGACUAAAUGGUUAUAAUAAAAUUACUUACAAUGUACUAUACCUGCUUUUAUUCUAGACAUGAAUUCAAAUUCAAAUAAAUUAUUAUUUUGCGAUUAAAUGGCAUCCAUAAUUAUAUAAUGCAACAGCCUUCGAUUGUAUAGAGUCUCCAUACAAAUGCUUCGAGAAAAGCGGGUCAAUUUCUUUAUACAAUUUUGUGUGAUAAAUAGUUAUGGGCGAUUCCUUUAUAACUUCUAUAUUUAUUUUCCCUUAUAAUUUCUGCAUCUUUUUAAUACGUAAACACUCAUUUAUUAAAUAAUACGUCUAGAUAGAUACAUUUUAUAAAAAAACGAACAGCUAACAAAAUGUUGACCGGUUUUUGAGACUUAAUGCUCUAUCUAUAAAAUCUAUGCGUACAAGCUUACAGCAACAGUGGUGCCGCGAUGGCAUGAUGGCCUGCCAGCCGAAUGUGCCUAAUGUUCACUUGACAGGCGGAUGAAAAUUUCCAACUCUCAAUUUUAUCGUAACUCGAUGCUGUCAAUGUAUCAAAUGGAGUAUUGCUAAGUCCACUAUUGUGUUAUAAGUAUUCGUGUCUAUUCAAGAUGACAAACGGCAUUUUUAUUGUGCACGCAAGAAAAUAAGGUCGUCUAUUGAUAUUGCAUUUUUAUCAACUUGAAUAUGCACGUUUUUAGUUCCAACGUAAACGAGAAACAAAUGUAAACAAUCCAGAAUGCCACACGAGCGACGGGAAUUGUUAUUUAUACAAGAUACGAUAGACAGAGAGAGAGAUACGCUCUGGAAUCUAUUAUUUGUAUACGUAACGUCAUAUAUUGACAUAUGUAAGAUGCAUGCUCAAAAUGUUCCUGGCGAUUGAUUAUUUAAAAUUUCCAUUUAUCAAAUUGUGUAAACUGAUUCAAUUCAAUCAAGUGAAAGUAUUGUUUUCACGUCUUACUACUUUCCCACUUCUUAAUACUACCAACAAUUCGGCGGCGUGCGCUCGACUGUGUAUACAUAUACGUAUGUUUUGUUCACAUUAUUUCUCGAGUCGUUUGGAACGUUAUAAUUGUAACGUUGUGAUUGUUAUUGCCCACAGAAUGUGAAAUAAAUUACUUUAUUAAUUUGUUAUAAUUAAAUUAUUUAAUUCGCUAUUUGAAUGAAUCUUGUUUUAACCAAAGAUGUUUGUUGAUGAUCACUGUAUUAUUAAUAUUAUUAAAUAAUUUUUAUUAUUAUUAUUACAUAUUUUAUAAUGGAGAGGCAGCGGCGCGGUCAAUAUAUAUAUUAUGGCAUACGUAACAGAUUUAUAUUAUAGAAAUAUAUAUUUAAAGUAAAUCAUU